AGACGCUGCACCGGAAGUGGGGCGGGGCCAAGCCCGGAAGUGGGCUUCAUCAGAGCGCUGGAGGGCUUCCCGUCGCCAUGAGCAAGAGGAAAGCCCCUCAGGAAAACCCCAACGACGGCAUCACCGACUUCCUCACCGAACUGGCCAACUAUGAGAGAAAUGUGAACAGAGCCAUCCACAAAUACAAUGCUUACAGAAAAGCAGCCUCCGUAAUUUCCAAGUACCCAAGCAAGAUCAAAAGUGGAGCCGAAGCCAAGAAACUAGAUGGUGUAGGAGCUAAAAUUGCUGAAAAGAUCGACGAGUUUUUGUCUACUGGGAAACUGCGGAAACUGGAAAAGAUCCGACAGGAUGACACGAGUUCUUCAAUCAAUUUUCUGACCAGAGUUAGCGGCAUUGGUCCUGCUGCUGCCAGAAAAUUUGUGGAUGAAGGAAUAAAAACAUUGGAAGAUCUGAAGAAGAAUGCGCACAAACUGAACCAUCACCAACAGAUCGGUUUGAAGUAUUUUGAGGAUUUUGAGAAGAGAAUCCCUAGGAAUGAAAUGCUGGAGAUGCAGGAGAUCGUGCUCAGCAAGGUCAAGGAAGUGGACCCCAGGUAUAUUGCCACCGUGUGCGGCAGUUUCCGCCGAGGAGCAGAAUCCAGUGGGGACAUGGACAUCCUUCUGACCCAUCCAGACUUCACUUCGGAAUCCUCCAAACAGCCCAAGCUUUUGCAUCAAGUGGUCGACCAACUGGAAAAGGCCCACUUUGUCACAGACACACUGUCCAAGGGAGACACCAAAUUCAUGGGAGUGUGCCAACUUCCAAGCAAAGAGGAAGGAACGAACUAUCCGUACAGGAGAAUUGAUAUCAGGUUGAUCCCCAAAGACCAGUAUUAUUGCGGCGUUCUCUAUUUCACCGGGAGUGACAUCUUCAACAAGAACAUGCGCACCCAUGCGCUGGAGAAAGGCUUCACACUCAAUGAAUACACCCUCCGGCCCUUGGGCGUCACUGGUGUUGCUGGGGAGCCCCUCCCAGUAGACAGUGAGAAAGACAUCUUUGACUACAUCCAGUGGAAAUACCGGGAGCCCAAAGACCGGAGCGAAUAGCCCCUCCUCUUCCUCUCCAGCAAAGCGUGGGCUUCCCUGCCAGAACUGUCACAUUGGUGCUAUUUGGGGAUGGGGGGGGGGGGCAAAGGGUGCCCCUGUUUGCAAAAAGUAAGGUGUGUGUUCUGUAGCAUGUCUGUGUGUGUGCAUUGGAGCCCUUCAACUUUGGAUGAGGCUUAACCUUGUUUUAAUAUAAUCAUCUGAAAUAAAUAGAUGGCAAACGGGCCCCAGAACUU